AUGGCUUACCGGAUUUUUUCUCAUCGGACAGGCCUCGCGAUUGCGGCAGGAUGCUUCCUAUUCUCGGCUUUAGCCGCGGCUAACGUUCGUCCGGAGGACAUGUCUGUUAGCCAGAUCGAGGAACAGCUGCAGAAUUGCCCUCUUGUUGAAUCUCUCAAUCAGCACAAACAGGCUACAGCCCCAGAAACUGCGAGCUUAACUGCCCAGAUAUUCGCUGUUCUCUUUCCGGGGAGCCCUGCCGUGAACGCCCUGCUCGCGACGCUGUACAUUUCCGGUCCUCCCAACUUCCUUCUUGCAUUAUGUCCACCCAACAUCGAUCCCUCCUCUCUGUCCGUAAUGGUCGCUUUCGCCGUCGGCGGAUUACUGGGCGACACCCUGUUCCACCUUCUCCCAGAGAUUUUCCUUGGUGAAGACUCCCCCGAUCACGUCAGUUUUGUAAUGGUUGAACCGAAUAAGAACCUUCUCCUCGGUCUAGGGAUCAUGGUUGGAUUCUUUACCUUUGUUGCAAUGGACAAGACGUUGCGCAUUGCAACGGGCGGCGAAGGGGGCCACGACCACUCGCACGGACAUUCGCACACAGAAGUAUCCUCUGCAUCCACAAGCGGUGCGGAGACUGGUAAGGUCGGUGAUCUGAAGCAGCGCAAGUCGAACAACAAGUCCGUCGAACCUGCUUCCGACCCCUCUCACGAGGAGAAGGAAAUCAACCCCAGCGUUAAGCUAGGCGGAUACCUCAACCUGAUUGCUGAUUUCACGCACAAUAUCACGGAUGGUCUGGCCCUUUCUUCUUCAUUUUAUGCCUCGCCUACCCUCGGUGCAACCACCACUGUUGCCGUGUUCUUCCACGAAAUCCCGCAUGAGGUCGGUGACUUCGCUUUGCUCAUUCAGUCUGGCUUCUCAAAGCGCAAGGCUAUGGGUGCUCAGUUCGUCACCGCCAUAGGCGCAUUCCUGGGCACCUGCAUUGGAAUCGCGGUGCAGGAGUUUGGCGGAAGCGGCGCUGUGCUGGAGGAUGCGCCUGCUUCUGGUCUUUGGGGCACUAGCCUCACCUGGGGUGAUAUGCUGCUUCCCUUUACCGCGGGAACUUUCCUAUAUGUUGGAACAGUGGCUGUCAUUCCUGAGUUGCUGGAGACUGGAAAGAACAAGGGCGCCGAGGUACGCAAGACCAUUACUCAGUUCUUGGCCAUUGCUCUCGGUGCGGGAAUCAUGCUUGCUAUCUCUUGGCAUUGA